AUGAAGUUCUCCUUCGCCUCCCUCCUCGCCUUGGCCUCUGUCGCCUUCGCUGUCCCUAAGCCGACUGCGACCGUUGAGGCCUCUGGUACUAUCACGGACACGGCCAUCCCGGCGACGUUCACGGCAACCAAGAAGUUCUUCACCCUGACCGACCACGCGCCGUGGAUGAUUGAGCAUACCAGCGUCAUCACCUGGACCGUGACCGCUCUCCCGAGCUCCACUGGUGUAUAA